AAAUGCGGAAGUGACCAAUUCAAACGUAAAACCUACAGGUUCGUGGGUGUUUUUGUGUGGGGUACAUCGCCGCUCGGCCAACUGGAGUGGUUACAUAAACUCUAUCGAACAACUCAGCGCUUGUUCCCGGGCUUUGGCACGAUGCUGAACGCCGCCGCCGCAGAGAGGAACAAGGAACCUAUCCUGUCGGUGCUUCGGGAGAGUGUAAACCAUGAGAGAGCCCUGCAGGCUCUGGAGAUAUCUUCCGGCACCGGGCAGCAUGUCGUUCACUUCGCAAAGGCUUUGAGGAAUAUAAUUUGGCAACCUUCUGAGUAUGACUGCCAGUCUCUAGUCAGUAUAGAAGCCUACAGAGCUCACUACCAGCUGCACAAUGUGAAGCCUGCCAUCCAUCUGGAUGCUUCCCAGCCCCACCAGUGCUGGGGGGGGAUUCAGCCUGAAAGCCUUGACCUGGUCCUCAACAUCAACAUGAUUCAUAUUUCUCCAUUAUCCUGCACUGAGGGUCUAUUCAAAGGGGCUGGAGUGCUGCUGAAGCCACAGGGUCUUCUGUUGACAUACGGGCCGUAUGCAGUAAACGGACAGAUCACCCCCCAAAGCAAUGUGGACUUUGACUAUAGUCUAAGGCAGAGGAAUCCAGAAUGGGGCUUGAAGGAUAUCUCAUUUCUCGAUUCAGUGGCACAAAAAAAUGGUUUAUUCCUGGAGAAAAUAGUGGAAAUGCCAGCAAACAAUAAAUGUCUCCUGUUCAGAAAAGAGAGUUUGGUGUGAGCUGUCCAGGUGAUCCUUCUAAGAAGCAGGGCGGUCUAAACACCUUAACUUCUACUUAAAUCAUCUAAUUGUUGCCUGAAUAACAUAUGUUGCCUGCAUAACAAACACAUGGGAUCAUAACAACUUGACACUCAUUUAUUUAAUCUGGUAUUAUUUACGGCAAACUACUAUCAUGUAUUGCACAGUUAAACCCUUACAUCAAUAUGUACUGUUUCUACCCUAAGACUUAGCUGUUAUAUUAGUUACUAAGCAUAAGUGCUAUUUAGAAGUACAUAUUAGAAAAUGUACAUCACACAACAAAAGAUGUGACUAUACGAGCAAUACACUCAAAAAUGUUUUUAAGAGCACAUAACAUAAACAGACUACCGCUGAUAUGGAAGGGUCCUAAUCCGGAUGUUACAGAAUUGAUUUUAAUCAGCAUAUCUUUUUUUAUUUGUAAUCAAUGUAAUGUUUAAAAUAGCAUUAUAACUCUGCAUAAAUAGCUCACAAUAUCCUGAAUGUAAUAAAAACUCUCUUGGACUACCUA